AUGGAGAUUGGUCGGAAGUGACAAGCAAAAGGAUGUAGCAACGAGGCUAUUUAUUUUCAUAAAGAUUUCAAGGUUUAUAUUUGUUCGGUUCAUUGCAAACCAAGUCAGAGAGCAAUUUGAGUAAAAAUUGGUGAGAGAGCUGAAGUAGAUAGCAUCAAAGAUAUGCUCAAAGUUCUUGAAACUUGUACUAAAAAUCUAUGGAUUGCAGGAAGUUCAAUAGAAAAUAAUGCAAAGUUUGAGUUUUCAGAACUUUUAGUCAGACAAAUUCUGGAUGAAACUGAUGGCAUUGAAAAGGAGAUUAAAGUCAUUCAACAGAAGCAUCAAUAUGAAAAUCUAAAUGGAGUCAAGCAAGAGCUGAGGAAGAUCUUAACAUAUCUCAAAAACAAUGAGAUUUUUCAACAAUUCUGAGUUGAAAACUACAUCUCUCUUGUUUGAGACUUUUUGAAAGUGAACAAGUCUAAAAUUGGUCAAGACUUUGACUUACAAAUCAACGAAACGAAUGAGAUGAGCCACAACGAAGAAGUUAGAGAUAUUACUGACAAAUAUGAGCAUGUGAAACAGGAAUUUCAAACUUUCAAAAAGCGAGUUAUUACAAUGCUAAAUCCAACAACAUUGGAAGGUCUCGGCCAGUCUAUUGAAAUAUUCAAGAGAAAGAAAAGCAACAUUGAAACAAGUAAAAAGUUUCAACUUGACUUUGAAAAUUCAGAAGAUCUUGAAUUUGUUAACUGAAUGGGGAGCAACAUUAUUGCUAAUUUAGAGGAUUUCAGAAUCCAUCGGAUUAGUGACAACUUGCAAACAGCCAGAGACUUUAUAUUUUCUUCGUUUCCUCAGAAAGCAAAUUGACUUUAUUUUAAUUUCUGAGGAAAAAUGAUAAAUAGCGACGAGAUCAUUGAUGUUUUAUGAUUUAUGAAUCCAAAAAUUGGAGAAACACUAUAUCUUUACAACCUUGAAGUGAGCCAAAGCCAGAUGAGAACGCUAUUUCAGCUCACAAAAGAUAAUGAGAAAUUCUUAGGGUUUCCUUGUUGCAAGCUUGAAUUAGACACUGUUCCAAAUUUGAAACACUGUCUUAUCGGAUCUAAAAUUCAAACACUUGUACUAUCUUAUUGAGGAAUGCCAGAAUACUGAGAUUGGAAAACGUACCCAGAAAGGUUUGAAAACUUAAUAAAAGGAUUAUCUCAAAGUGAAGACUUUGUAUCAAAUUUGCAAUCUUUCAGAAUGAAAAGAUGAGGAAUGCCUCUGGACCAAGUAAGAGAAAUACUUGAUGCAAACAAUUUCGAAAAAGCCAAAAUAUCUGACCACUCAGAAUAA